AUGGAUGCCAAAAUAGAACAUGUAUCGGUUAUACUACCCGUCAGCAAUGAUCCGAUAAUCGUGGGAAACGUUAGCUCCAGGAAAAGCUUAAAACGACAUUGGAACCAAUUAUCCCGGUUCCAGAAAAAUUUAGCCUGCAUCUUACUGGCCGGUAUGUGCAUUUUCUACAUUAUAUUCUUCGUGCUACCAUUCAGCGAUCCGUCCCGCAGCUCCGAUACGAUCGAUCCUCUAGAACACAUCCAGAUAGCACCGUUUAAGGAAAGGCAUGAGCGAUUUGCAUCCUCCAUAGUCAAAGAAAUCAAACUCUCGGACAGUUUGGCAAAUCCUCCGACGGAGGAAGCAAAACCGGUCGACCAGCAACCGGAAUCCAAUCUUAUGCAGCUUGAAAUUGUACAAAACGAACCAAAAGAGAUUGUCGACAACGAAGAGAAUGUGCUGGAGGAAAAUCGUCGUGUACCGUUUGCCGGUGCAAGAGAUUUUAAGGGUCCAACAAACGACCGGCAAAGGGCCGUUGUAGAAGCGGUACAACAUUCGUGGAAAGGCUACAAAGAAUACGCCUGGGGUCAUGAUAAUCUAAAACCCAUUUCCAUGGGGUAUUCCGACUGGUUCGGACUCGGUCUAACGCUGGUCGAUUCACUCGACACACUCUACAUAAUGGAUCUGCAGGAUGAAUUCGACGAGGCACGCACCUGGAUCGAAAAGUACUUAAAGUUUGAUGUGAACCGUGAGGUCAAUCUUUUCGAAGUGACAAUCCGUGUGGUUGGUGGAUUGCUAAGUGCUUACCAUCUAAGCGGUGAUCGCAUGUUUCUGGACAAAGCGGUUGACCUGGGAAAUAGGUUGCUUCCAUGCUUCGAUUCACCGUCUGGAAUUCCUUUUUCGGAUGUUAACAUUGGAUCGUUGGCUGCACACGCACCGAAAUGGUCACCGGACAGUUCGACGAGCGAAGUAACGACCAUUCAGCUCGAGUUCCGUGACCUAUCACGCAGCUCGAAAAAUCCCAUCUUUGAAAAGGUAGCGUCAAGGGUGAACCUUAAAAUACACGAGCUAGACAAAAAUGAAGGUUUGGUACCGAUCUUCAUCAAUGCCAAUACGGGACAGUUUCGUAAUUUUGCGACAAUCUCACUAGGAGCGCGAGCCGACUCUUACUACGAAUACUUGCUCAAACAGUGGCUGCAGACUGGAAAAAAGGCCGACGAUUAUCUUAUCGAGGACUAUCAGCAGUCUAUUCGUGGCGUCCUGAAUCAGCUGGUACGAACAACGCCCAACGAAAAGCAUGUCUACGUUGGCGAGUUGCUUAACGGAAAAGAUUUCAAACCCAAGAUGGACCAUCUAACAUGCUACCUGCCCGGUACACUGCUGCUCGGCUACAAAAAUGGAAUGCCAAAGACGCAUCUGCGAUUGGCAACGGAUUUGCUCGAAACGUGCUACCAAACGUACAUGAAGCAACCGACCCAACUGGCUCCCGAAAUAUCGUACUUCAACGUAAACGGAGAAUCCGAAACGGACAUCUACGUGAAGACGAACGAUGCGCACAAUCUGCUACGGCCGGAGUUUAUCGAAAGUCUGUACUACUUCUACGCCAUCACCGGCAACCGAACGUACCAGGAUAUGGGCUGGACGAUCUUUGAAGCGUUCAAUCGCUACACAAAGGUAAAGAAUGGUUACACUUCGAUCGGUAAUGUUAAAAAUCCACUCAACACACGACCACGCGAUAUGAUGGAAAGCUUUUGGCUUGGUGAGACGCUAAAGUACUUCUAUCUGCUGUUUAGCGACGAUCGAAACGAGAUCGAUCUGGACAAGUAUGUGUUCAAUUCGGAAGCCCAUCCGCUACCAAUGCGGGAAGUUUAA